AUGCGGCUUUUAUGUCGGAGACCUAAGAAAAUCACUGUUUUAGUUUUACUCGUUAUACUCUUUGUUUGGUCAUUUAUCACAAUUAUUGAGUUUAGUUUUGGACUUACUGUCACUCAUGAUCUCAUUGCACCCACAACAUCUCUUCUCAAAAGUCGAGAGCUGAAAGCAUUUAUCACAUCUGCCUACUACUACCCUACUUCCAAAAGUUUGGGAAACAAUGCAAUCGCUCUUGUCAUGAGUAUAAAUCUUGUGAAAGGUCCAAUCAGUCAAAUGGAAACAGUCCUAGCACCAAAUCCAACGGAACUUGUGAUUAUGGCGAAAAAUGAAACUUCUAGUAUUAUAGUUAGUGCACCGUAUCACAGAGUGACGCCUCAUGAAGUUUGUCAAAUAAUUACAAUUUUCGCUACAGUACAACUACUACCAAAUGUGAAAAGUAUCAGUAUGGUCGGAGAUAAUGGGAUGACUGAGAUUCCAUUCACAAUACCUUCUUAUACAAAACGAGACGUUGUUGUUUGUACAUCUCCAUUAUUCGUUAGCGAGCAAUGGCAGAACUUUUUGUUCGCAGUUCAUAUUUAUAGAAAAUUCGGAGCCCACAUGAACCUGUAUCUCAUCAGUUCUGUCAAUUCAUUCUAUGAACUUAUGAAGGAAUAUGAACGAGAAGAAUCAGCUCGAUUUGUUACAUUUUUGGAUCUGGAUGAUGUUUUGAUACCUAAACUUGCUCCAACUUAUGCUGAGGAGUUUCAAAAAUUGAUGGAGGGAAAGAAGCGAUUGGCUUAUAUCUUCUACCAUAAGGAGAACUAUGAUGCGAUUACAGUUAGAGAUAGCUCAAAAUUCUCACUGAAAAAAAUGUUCAGUAGUUUGGAAUGUAAGCACAAAAGAGAAACCGGAAAAAUUGUGGUCGAUCCUCGGAAUCUGAACUACACUUGGAUACAUUUCCCGCCAAUUCUUCCGAACGGAUUAGAGAAAUACGAAGUCACCGAGAAUGUUAUUACUCAUUUAAAAACAAUAAUUUGGAGCGAUGACCAGGAUCCAAGCAGCAAGAUUCUGAUUGAGCCACCCUACUUUGACAAUUCAUCCGCCACAUUAAUUUCAAGCAAAGCGAUUUUAGAUAUUGAAGAUGACCUUCGAAAGAUGAUGAGGAAACCGAGAAUCAGAAAAAUCUUCCCAAAACUACCAAAUAUUCAUUAUUUUACGGAUCUAGUUGUUAAAUGUUACAACGAUAGAUACUAUAGAUAUCACUAUUCUGGUAGAAUAGGAGAGAUCAAAUGUCCUGGUCCCCAGUUAUGUGGAUUCCAUCAACAUCCGAAAAUCAAGUGUACUCAUGUGAAUGCUACACACAAUUCGAUGGAGAAAUUGAGUCCCAUCACUUAUUAUUAUGCUACAGAUCCUCAUUUUACAGAAGAAAUCGGUUGUUAUUCACAUUAG